CGAAAGCAAAGUCGAUAUCGCGUUCCUGAACGAAACAAAGAGCUGUGUCACUGCCCGCCCGUGCUGUCAAAAUAUAAAAAUGACUGAGGAUUCAAGAAAAACUUUUUUGGGCUUUGAUUUUAGUACUCAAAGGCUAAAAGCCAUAGUAAUUGGUGAGGACUUUAGUGUGCUACAUGAAGCAGAUGUCGAAUUUGAUGUGGACCUGCCAGAGUUCAGGACGGCGGGCGGGGUGGUGCGCGGCACGGACCGUGGAGAGGUGAUAGCUCCACCACUAUUAUGGGUGAAAGCACUGGAUAUGGUCAUGGACCGCCUCGUUGUGGCUGGAGUUGAUUUUUCUACUAUUGAAGCAGUUUCUGGUGCUGGACAGCAACAUGGCUCAGUAUGGUGGUCUAAAGAUGCAGAAGCAAAGCUUGGCAAGCUAUCAGCCGAUGAGUUCUUGCACACACAGCUGGCAACUGCAUUUGUAUGCGAUUCUCCUGUCUGGAUGGAUUCUAGUACCACUGCAGACUGUAAGGCUUUAGAAGAAGCUAUAGGCGCUGAGGAACUAUCAAAGAUCACAGGGUCUCGAGCAUACGAGCGCUUCACGGGUCCCCAAAUCCGCAAGAUAUUCCACAAACGUCCCCGAGUCUACCAGGCUACUGCCAGGAUCUCACUAGUUUCCUCCUUCGCCUGCUCCCUGCUGGCAGGGAAGAUAGCACCCAUUGAUCUCUCUGAUGGAUCUGGCAUGAAUUUACUGGAUAUUACCAGUAUGAAGUGGGAUGAGAAAUGUUUACAGGCAUGUGGAGACGAAUCUCUAGCAACUAAGCUGGGCACCCCAGUUCCCAGUGCUACAGUGGUGGGCCCCAUCUCUUCCUACUUUGUGGGACGUUAUGGAUUCAAGCCAGAGUGUAAGGUUGUUGCCUUCACAGGGGAUAAUUGUUCUGCCCUUGCUGGUCUCCGACUGCGCUCCGGUUGGGUGGGUCUCUCACUAGGCACAAGCGACACGCUUCUCCUAGGUCUACCAGGUCCGCACGCGCCGGCCGCCGGGCACGUACUAGUGGGCCCCACGCCCGAAGCGCCUUAUAUGGCGCUGCUCUGCUUCGCAAACGGCUCGCUCACCAGGCAAAACCAUAGAGACAGGUUGGCGGGACACAGCUGGGAGGCCUUCAAUGAGCUCCUCAGAGCAACUGUUAGAGGAAAUAUGGGGUAUUUAGGUAUCUACUACGACACAGCGGAGAUAGUGCCUCGCGCAGCGGCCGGGCGCUGGAUGUGGGACGCAGCAGGCAGGGCGGCGGCUCGCGCGGCGCCGCAGUUCGAGGCUCGCGCUCUGCUGGAGGGGCAGGCGCUCGCCCGCCGGGCACAUGCAGAGGACAUGGGCUUCACGCUCGACAAAUCAUCUCGUGUGAUAGCGACGGGCGGCGCGUCAGUCAACAAGGAGCUGCUGCAGAUAUUCUCCGACGUCUUCAAUACUCCUGUAUACGUACAGGAUCAGCACGCGAACGCAGCGUUGUUGGGAGCGGCGAUACGCGCCGCCGCAGUGUGGAGCGCUGACACUGGCGUCACAUUGCCCGGUUCAGAACUAAAGGUGUCCCCAGUAGCGACUCCAUACCCUGAUCACGACAAGAUCUACACUCCAAUGUUAGCUCGCUACAGAGAAGUCAUCGAAACCAUUCCUAAACUCGGAUAAACUCAGUCAAAUAUACUCUAAUAAUGCUCUUGUCAAACUUAAUGGCGGCUCAGAACUUGCGCAAAAGUCGCUGCGCAGAAAAACAUUUUUAUGUAUAUUUAAGGCGCAUUUAAACGGGCUACAUUUUUGUGCAAUUUGUGGCUGUAAAGUCGCCAUAAAAUUGCCUGGUGGUGAUCAUUGCAAAAAUAUUUUAAUGAAUUACUUACCUGGGCUCGAAAGUUAGUUCUAAGCCGCCAUUAAAUUUGGGGGAUACUAACUACAUAUCACUGUAAGCUAAGCAUUGUUAAAUCUUGGUGCUAAUCAGUGCCUCUUCUCUGCAUUUGUUGCAGCUUUUAGCUAAAUCUAUAUUUAUAGAAGUCAGGAGAACUUUGUUAUAUUUAUUUAAGUGUGAGAGAGAUUGAGCUAUACACGGUGUAUAGCACUCUCCCUUUUUGACACUGGGAAUCGUAACUUUUAUCAAUGUAAGCGACUGUCAUUAAGAAUUAUGGCAGUAAGUCUUAAAAACACGAGUCUUCUACGGUACCAAUUAAUUAUCAAUUAUGUCUACUAAUUGUUGCUACGUUAACAACAAAUAGCUAGUCUAUAGAAGCUCAUUAACUUCCUUAAUAAUAUGGGAACCAUAGCCAACUUUUUAUACUGACAUUUUAUAUUGAUAUUUUAACAUUCCUGUUAGUGCAUUUAAAUAUUAAGCUUAAAUCGAGCACAGUCAGCUUUUAAUAGUUCUCACAUUCUUUGAUAAGUGUUAACAUUCCAUUUUAUUCAUUUAUUGAAUGGUUUAUUGUUGAAUAUUGUUAUCGUAUCAUUCAGAAUCUGACAUCAUGUGAUCAUAGAUUUAAGCGGUAUAAUAUAUUUAUGAAGACAUUUUAUUUACAAUUUUACUUGACAAUCUCAAGGUGCUUUGAUGUGCAAUAUCCAGUUUUUAUACAUUCCAUCAACAAUGGUUAUUUUUAUACCUACGUAAAUGCAUAAUUCCAUUUUUCGAUUUUAGAAAUCAUGUUUUAUUGAAAGGGAAAUAUGUGUAAUAAUCAUAACACGCUUAUGAUAACUGUUCUCGAUGCUUUUUGUUAUAAUAUUGUCAUUUUUGUUAUUUUUUAUACAUUUUUAUAAUAAAUGUUUGCUAUAAA